AUGGCUAUCAGAUCUGUCAUGCAGUUCUGUUUGUUCGAGAUGGGAAGCACCAUGCAUACGGUCAACCAAGGAAAUGUCGAAGUCAAUGGCAAGAUAAAGCACUUAUUUUUUGCAUUCGAGCCCUCCAUUCCAACCCACCGCCGCCCCCUCGUCAAUCUCUCGCGAGACUCCCAUUCCCCCCGCCUGCCGUCGCGCCUCCUGCAGUCCUCCUGGUUCGCCCCCUCCUCCGCCGCCGCCCGUCCCCGUCGCGGCCGCCAACGCCUCCCUCGUCCUCUGCGGCUGCCGCCACGGUUUGCGCCUCCGCGAGGUGCGCGUUGGCCGCGCCGCCGCCUGCCGUCAUGCUUCCUCCUGGUCCCGCCCCCCUCCUCCUCCCCCCCGGCCGCCAACGCCUCCCACAUCCUCUGCGCUUGCCGCCACGGGGUACGCCUCCGCGAGGUGCGCGUUGGCCGCGCCGCCGCCGCCGCGGUGGUGAGCUUUGGAGUUUGGAGGCACCGGGGGAGAGCUCUACCACGCCGCGGCCACGAUAGAUUCAUAACUGGCCUUCCCCGCCGGUGUGUGCCCGACCUUCGGCGUCGCCCACUCAUUCCUGCGCCACCGCGGGCGCCGCCGGGCGCCGUCGGCCUUCUGGUUGUGGGCGUUUGCUGCUGCAGGUGGUCGCCUCUUGACGCUUGCCGCGCAGCUCGCUCCUGGCGCUCGCCGCGAAACGACCUGCUACUGAUACGUUAUGGAGGGGAGUCUUUUAGAAUAAUUGACAAGACUAAAAGGGAUGAUGCCACCGCUGUCAUCCAAAGAGAAGAGUGGCCAAAGUCGAGGCAAGAUGUGGAGAAGCAUUUCAGGAAGCUCAGAGAUUUAGACUACUUAAAUUGGCUCUGAAGAAACAGCUGUGGGAUUUGUUGCAGAGAACAAUGGAAUGCAGAGACUUUGCUGACUUUGCUGCUGAUUGAAAAGAGCAGGCUACUGGUGUGAGAGAUGCCAUCUUGAAGUAGAUAGAUUGUUGUAACAUGAGUUGUAGCAAGUAGAAUGUAUGCCAUAUAGGGAUCGUAGUAUGUAGGCACAAAGAUUGAGGUCCCGAUGAAUGUGCUACUUCUAUGCAGAUUUGCACUCUUUUGAUAGACCUCAGUUGA